AUGGCAACUAUCCAAGAUAAGGUAAAUAGUAUUGCCGAAAUGUUCCCUAAACACAGAAGAGAUACCAUCGAAGGUAUCCUUAUGGAAAUGAACGGCGAUGAAGAAAACACAAUUUCGAUUUUACUCGAUACACCAGAAAACGCACCACCACCACCAAAGAGCAAAUCAUCACAACCAUCAUACCCAGGCGCUGGAGCACCAUCAGCUGCCCCAGGAGGCUAUCCAGGAGCUUAUGCAGCUCCUCCACCAGGCCCAGGUGGUUAUCCAGGUGCAUAUGCCUCUCCAAUGGGUUAUCCACCAGCCGGAGCUCCAGCACCAGGAGGUUAUCCAGGUGCUUACGCUGCUUAUUCAGCUCCUCCUCCAGGUCCAGGUGGUUAUCCAGGCGCAUAUGCUGCUCCUGCUGCAUACCCAUCACCGUCUAAUGCACCAAAGCCAGCUCCAAAGCCAAAACCAAAACCAGCUCAAUUACCAAAAUUCGAUCACAUUUUCGCCGACGAUUUCUUACGCUGGCCAGAUAACGCUGAGGUCGUACGUGUUUCCAGAGAUGGAACAGUUAUGCCAAUGGGUCCCCAAGGCGUUCCAAAUCAAGCUACAGCCCCAUCUUAUCCAGGAGCUAAUCCAACAUAUCCAGGCCAGCCACCAUCAUACCCAGGUGCAGCCCCAUCCUAUCCAGGUGCCGCUCCUUCUUAUCCUGGCGCUGCUCCAUCAUAUCCAGGCGCAGCUCCUUCUUAUCAGCCAACCUACAAUGCUUACGGCAAUCCUACAUAUCCAGGCUCUAACCAGUCUUAUCCAGCUUGUAAUCCAAUGGAUGAUCAAGCUCCAAUGCCAACAAUCGGCGUUGAUUCAAACUUGAUCCCAGGAGUUGAUGCAGACUCAAAUAAGACUGCUGGAUGGUGGAGCAACUUCAAGGCAAGAUUCUCCAAGAAACAAAAUUCAAAUCAAUAUCAAAACCUCUCAUAA